GUUUACGGCAACAUGGCAGCCGGCAGUCCGGAGCGCCGGUCCCGUCGGCUCUGACCGGCAGAGGCUGAAAAACGACCCGUCAUGAAACCGGUAACGGACCGCGCGAGACCACAAGGUAGUUAACGGCUCGUGAAGACAAUGUUGCUGUGUUUCGGGAAGAUUUCCGGUCCGCUGGGCCGCGGCGCAGCGAGCGUCGCGCGCCGCCUCGAGCCGCCUGCGUCAUGGCGGCGCGGCUACACACCUGCGCCCGACGCCCGCGCGUGCGACUCCCGACUCUUCGGAGUCGAGGAGGCGACGGACGGCCCGCGAGGGCGCGCGACGUGCUGGAGCGCGAGCACGAGCCUCCCGCGGGUCAACGCGACGACGCCCUGGCGGUGGCACGCGCGAGGAACCGUGCUCCUGCACCGGGGAGGUCACGAGAGGUCGGUGGCGGGGCUCCUGUAUCCGGUGUCCCCGGUAGCCCGGGGGCUCUGCAGCGGAAAGACCAGAGAGGGCCGGAAGGAGGCCGGGGAGCCGGAGCCGGUACCGGGACACGGGGAGACGGUACCGGGACACGGGCUCUUCAAGUUCAAAGAGCUGUAUGAGAACCCGUGGACGGUCCCUAACUUCCUGUGCAUGAGCCGCAUCCUGCUGGCGCCGUUCUUGGGUCACCUGAUCAUCCAGCAGCACUUCCACCUCAGCCUGGCCCUGUUCACGCUGGCCGGAGCCACCGACGUGCUGGACGGCUACAUCGCCAGAACGUGGCCCAAUCAAAAGUCGGCGUUGGGCAGCGCUCUCGACCCAUUGGCCGAUAAGAUCCUGAUCAGUUUCCUGUACGUCAGCCUGACCUACGCUGACCUCAUCCCAGCUUUGCUGACGGCCCUGGUGAUCUCCAGAGACGUGGGUUUGAUAGCGGCCGUCUUCUGGGUCCGGUACAAGACCGUCCCGGCGCCGGUGACCCUGAGCAAGUUUUUUAACCCCUGCUACACCACAGCUCAGCUCAAACCCACACUCUUCAGCAAGGUGAACACGGCCAUCCAGCUCCUCCUGGUCGCCUCCUCUCUGGCUGCUCCCGUGUUCCAGUACACAGACAGCGUCGCUCUGCAGUGCUUAUGGUAUGUCACCGCGGUGACCACGGCGGCGUCUGGCUACAGCUACUGGCACUACGGCCGCAAGACGGUCCAGGUGCUGAACACCAAAUCACCAUGACGACCGCCUCCGGACAACAGCGGUGGGGGAGGAGCGAAAAGGCACCGGGCCGACGGAGGCGCCCGAUUGGCCGCGGCGGAUCGAAAGUGGAACGGACAAGACGGGAGCGCCGAAACCAAGUGGUUGUGACGGAGCGCUCACGCGCCGCCAUGUUUCACGGAGAACACGACAGAGAGGGAGCCGCUGGACCGCCGUGUGGACGAGAGACACGUGCACACGGCUAGAACACGCUAACACACACACACACACGCGCGCGUACGUGGUCAGUCGUCUGGCAAAAGCUUCGAUUUUUUUCCUCCGUUUUUUCAAUCAAGAGGUUGAGACAUCAGAGAGGAUUGUUUUUUUUGUAAAAACCAAUGAUUUCUGAUUAAAAAAACCAGGAAACCU